AAACUGUACACAUACAUGCUGUCCUUAUCAGUUUGAGUUAAAACCACAGUUUCAGCUGCCUCAGCUGCACUCUGGUAGGAGCCAUCAUGGAGAGAGCUGUGGUGCGAAUCACCCUCUUUGGGCUUCUGCUGGCUUUGGCUACCACACUACCAAACAAGGACGACUGGGACAUCUACAGCUUUCACAUCAACUCCACAGUGUCCAGUCGUUAUGCAACCACUGUCAUCACGAGCCGCGUGGCCAAUCGGAUGGACGAGUCAAAGGAAAUAGAAUUCCAAGUCCGGAUUCCCAAGAACGCCUUCAUCAGUAAAUUCAGAAUGUUUAUAGAAGGUCAAGUGUACGAUGGUGUUGUGAAAGGUAAAGAGAGCGCUCGGCAGCAGUACACGGAGGCCGUGUCCCGUGGUGAAAGCGCUGGGCUGGUCAGUUCUGUAGGGAGGACUCUGGAGGAAUUCAAAACCUCUGUUACUGUGGCUGCUCACAAAAAGGUCACCUUUGAACUCACAUAUGAGGAGCUGCUGAAGCGAACGCUUGGAAAGUACGAGCUGCAAAUCCACGCUCGACCCAUGCAGCCUGUCAAAGACUUCAAGGUUGAUGUGCACAUUAACGAGAAAACCGGCAUCAAUUUCAUCGAGAUUAAAGGAGGACUGAGCACCAAAGCCCUGGCUAAUGCCAUCACCAAAACACACGCCGACAAACAGGCGUGGGUGUAUUUCUACCCGACAGAGGACCAACAGAAAACGUGUGACAGCUGUGGGGAGCAGGGUAUGAAUGGAGAUCUGGUUAUUGUGUAUGAUGUCAACAGGGACACCUCUCUGGGAGAAAUCGAGAAAUCAGAUGGAUACUUCGUUCAUCACUUUGCUCCAUCCAGUCUUGCCCGCAUACCAAAAAAUGUUGUCUUCAUUAUUGAUCAAAGUGGCUCAAUGCACGGCAAGAAAAUACAACAGACCCGAAUAGCAUUGAUCCACAUCUUGAGCGACCUGGCAGAGGAGGACCACUUUGGUCUUUUCACUUUUGAUAGCAACCUUUUUCACUGGAAACGAGAACUUGUUCAGGCCAACAAGGAAAACGUUGAGAGUGCCAAGACAUUUGCACGGAAUAUCGUAGAUCGAGGAGCCACAGACAUUAACAGAGCAGUGUUGGAAGGAGCACGUAUGCUGAAUGCACAUCCCAGAGAAGGUUCAGCGUCCAUCCUCAUACUUCUCACCGAUGGAGACCCAACCUCAGGGGUGACAAAUGUCGAAGUAAUCCAUUCAAAUGUCAGGCAGGCCAUUGCAGAUAAAUUCCCACUCUACUGUCUUGGUUUUGGUUUUGAUGUCAAUUUUGAGUUCCUUGAGAAGAUGUCGCUGCAGAACAACGGUGUGGCCCGACGGAUUUAUGAAGACUCUGAUGCAGAUUUACAGCUGAAGGGUUUCUAUGAAGAGGUGGCUACUCCUCUAUUGAUAGAUGUGACAAUGAUCUAUAACGGUGGGACCAACCUAACCCAGACCAACUUCAGCCAGUUUUAUAAUGGCUCUGAGAUCGUGGUGGCUGGUCAGAUCACUGACAAUGACAUCGAAACCUUUUCUCCACAAGUUGUGGCCAUUUCAAGGAGUAGAAAGGUGACCUUUUCUGAAACUAACACCACUGUGGAGUCCACUGGAACAGUUUCCAACAGCCACAUCCAGAGGGUCUGGGCCUACCUCACAGUCAAACAGCUUCUGGAGAAAGAGCUGCUGUUAUCUGGAGCUGAGAAGGAGAACGUGAAGAAAGAGAUCUUGGAGCUGUCGCUGAAGUACAACUUUGUGACCCCGCUCACAUCCAUGGUGGUCACCAAGCCUCCGGGGGAGAAGACAGAUGUGCUCCAUAAACCCAAGGAAGGGGAAGCACACAGUCCACCCUUGUCAGGUGGAACAUGGGCACAACAUCAUCCUGUAGCGCACAGUCCACCCAUGUCAGGUGGAACAUGGGCACAAAAUCAUCCUGUAGGGUACAGUCCACCCUUGUCAGGUGGAACAUGGGCACAAAAUCAUCCUGUAGGGUACAGUCCACCCUUGUCAGGUGGAACAUGGGCACAAAAUCAUCCUGUAGCGCACAGUCCACCCAUACGAUCUGGAGGGUUUGGAAGAGGUUUCUCACCGCAGAGCAAUGAUGCGUAUGGUAGAAGAAGGCUAAAAACCAGACCACACCAAGUUCAAGUUCCAGAUGAUGAAAGUUAUUUGAUGUCUGGAAUGCUUCCCUUUCCGCCAGAGACUGGGCUCACACCAUCUCGUGGUAGUGUAUCAUAUGGAUGUAAUUCAUGCUCUCCUCACGUUGAUACCGUGAGGGGGAAAGUGCGUCCCACCUUUGUGCCAGACAGAGCAACUAAAGCUCCUGUCUCCCACAGGUUUUUGCUAAAAUCUGAGAAUCUUUCUCUUCCACUGUGCUUCGACGUCACUGGAGAUGUUCGCCUUAAACUACUUCAUCAUCCCACCAGGGAGCUGUCUGUGAAUGGUGAGCUUGAUUCAGUCGUGAAUGGAGGCUUCAAAAAGAUUUUCAUCCACUUAAACACUGACCUGCAUGUUGAGGUGGACACCAAUAAAAUCAUUGUACGAGAUGGACAGACGCUGACACGCCACCGUGGACAGGAUGUCUUCACAGCUGGAAGUUUGUCCGUGAUAAGGCGGGACGAGGAAAUAGAUGUUGCAGUUGGAGACACACGCGUGGUCAUCCUCCUUCAUGUGAAGGACGGAGAAAAACUCCUCUGGCCGGUUUUAAGACAGCAGCCACUGGAAGACAACGUCACAGGAAUUUUAGCUCUGAAGCCAGCAGUUUAUGAGGAGCUGCAACAAACUCCCUCAAUCAAACUGAAGAUCAAAGACCAGGAGGUUGACGUAACCAGGGCCGAUGCUGUCGACUACAGUAUCGUCUCCCCUCCGACUCUGGACUGCUGGCUCAUGUCUGCUGGGUCCGUCCUGCAGAGACGCCUGGAGGAUUUCAUGGUUACACAACUUUAACUGGGAACAUGUUGAAGAUUUAAUUCAAAAAAUGAGUCAAAUAGUCAUUCAUCAUGGAAGAAAGACCUGUUACUAACAUUAACAAAUAAAUAAUAUUCCAGAUAUUUCUUGGUCUUG